AUGGAUCAGGGGGGAAGGCCCAGCUCCCACCAGGAAAAGGUGAAGGUGCAGAGAAACACAGCAGCUCGAUCCGCCGGCCAAGGCAUUGGGACUUAUAUAGGUAGAGAUACGAGGUGUGUUUCCGCGUACAUGCAGGUCCCUUGGGUCCGAGGGGGGGCGGCAUGUACCUGUAUAGCCGGUACUGCUACUGUAUUAUCGGCAAAGGGACGUGGACAACUCAAAGCACUAAGCAUAUUCAAGCAUGAUGCCCGUGUGGAUCAUCUAUCCUCUCCCCGACAUAUACAUACUGUUCCUCCUCCCCUGGCCAAGGACUGA